AUGUCGCAGACCGACCCCCGCGACCCGUCUCGUGAGGUGAAGCGUACGCCGCCCCAGUCAUGGCAGGGAGAGUCUCCCGACGCGCUUGGGACUUCCGGUAUGUUUCUUGCUGGCCUCAUCAUGGUUACGCGCAAUAGGUACCUCUCCUGGCCGUCAUUCUUCUUUGGCAUUAGCGCAUACAUCAACUACCAUCCCCUGCGCACCAAGGAAGGCGGCCAGCCUCCCCUGGCGAAUCUUGCGCUGGCUUUUGCUGCUGUCGUCGCGUCGUACCUACCGAUGUUCCUUGCGGACCCCAAGAGCAAUCAGCCAGUCAAGCUCGUAUAA